AUGUCAUCACCGCUUUCUUCAUUGACAAAAGCAAUGAGAGGACCGCAGAAUCCGAUUGCUCGCAGAUCACUUCAUUCACUUCACACUACAAAACGAACAAACAAUCUCAAGAAUUGGAACUGUCGCCAUUUCAGCGACAGGUCCGCCGAAACACUCACAAAGGAAACUGCUCGAGAGAAGACAUCACAAGAAAUUGAUUUUGCGCUAUUGACACAAGCGGGAAGAAUAAUAUACGCCUUUGGAUUAGUCUACGUUAUUUCAGAAUAUGGAUUUGAAUUGACAAUAUGCGAAGGACCCAGUAUGCUACCUACAAUCAGGCCACUAGGAGAGAUUGUAUUACUAGAUCGAUUCACACCAAGACUGUAUGGAUUGCAAGGGGGAUCAAUUGGAAAACAACGAGAAAGUUUGGCCAGAAAACAACAAAGAGAACACGAGCAUCGUAUUGGAGAGGAAGGAAAAGUGGGUGGAAGGUUUCCAUGGCAUGAAAGAAGAGUACCAGCCAACAAACUAAGCUCAACAGGCGUCAAAGACCGGUUUGUUAACCAAGUAACAUCUGGCAUUAGUGUCGGCGACGUCAUUGUGGUGAAACACCCGGAUCGGGUUGGCACUGUAUGCAAGCGAGUAUUAGGAUUGCCAGGAGACAUUGUUACCAAACCAACGCGACGGACUCAGAAAGAGGGCAUUCUAGAUCGGUCGAUGCCAGAAAAUCUAGUGGUUCCAGAUGGGCAUCUAUGGAUUGAAGGGGACAAUCCAUGGAACUCGUCGGAUUCUCGAAAUUAUGGACCAAUCCCAGCAUCUCUCAUUGUGGGUCGAGUACUCGUUCGUUUAUGGCCAGUGCGAGGCAAGGCAAUGAUGGAACGGGGUGCCAGACCAGAGCAAGACGACGAUCCUCAAUUCAGCCACAGCGGUAGUGCUGUUUUUCCUGCAGGGUAUGACAAUCAGAUCAUUCUUCGAGGAAAAAACGACAAAUAG